CCGUCGUCACCAACACGAGCUAUUAAACUUGGAUGCAAGACGCUACCCUACCCGAGCGCUAAGUCGUAUAUUUCCCCUGGAUCCCUCUCUCUUUCACACGCAAGCACAAACACGUUGAGGGCAUGUCGACGCUGAAAGAGAUCCUUACCCGGCGGCCCGUGGCCGCGACGAUCCGUCUCACGGUCCCAGCCGGAGGAGCUCGCCCAGCACCACCGGUGGGACCUGCUCUGGGACAGUACCGGCUGAAUCUGAUGGCCUUCUGCAAGGACUUUAAUGCCCGCACACAGAAGUACAAGCCCGACACACCCAUGGCCGUUACCAUCACCGCUUUUAAGGACAACACCUUCGAGUUCAUCGUGAAGUCCCCCUCUGUCACCUGGUACAUCAAGAAGGCAGCCGGGGUCGAGUCCGGCAGCAGCCGACCGGGCCACGAGGUCGCCUCUACCAUAACUCUCCAGCAUGUCUACGAGAUUGCCAAGGUGAAACAGUCUGACCCUUAUUGCCAAUACAUGCCCUUGGAGUCCAUUUGCAAGUCCAUCAUUGGGACCGCCAAUACCAUGGGGAUUAAGGUUGUGAAGGAGUUGGAUUAACAACAUUCCAAAUCCUGUUCUUUUGAUUUGGUUGUCAGCCCCUUUUCUCGUUCUUUUCAAUUUUUCUAAAAGAUGGGCUUAAAAUUGUGAUGAUGGACUUGUGGGAUGUUGUACUUGUCUUGAAUUUGUUUUAGUUUGAAUUUUUGUUUGAUCA